AUGAGCAAAAUACCCGCGAGCCUUCUAUACUUCACGAUCUUCAACCCAACGCUCCGUCCUGCUGCACAAUUUACACAUGAAGACGAGGACGCCGUGGAACAGGCGCAGAUCCUAUUCUAUACGGCUCGCGAUCCCGCCGUCUCGCGCGACCGCAUGCUGAGGCAGGUCGGUCUCGCGAAGGCUCUGAUUAGUUUCUCUUCCAUCUUCAAUCCAGGCGACUUGUGCGAGAGCAUUCAUUCUCAGCGCAGACGAUCUGUUUUUGUAUCUCCAGAACCGAACUACUGGAUACAUGCGUGCUUCGAGCUUGCAAGGGUGCCACGGGCAGCUACCGUAAGGGAUUCUUCCAGAACGUCAACGAAGAAUGCAUCAAAAAAGCAAGACGUCUCAGAAAACGUAAUCUAUGAGUAUCAAGACUAUUCUGUCGAAGACGUUGCGCUUCGAGCGCAGAUUAUGAAUGGCUAUGAUGAUUUCGUGCUCAUUCACGGCUCAUUCACCUCUGUCCUAUCUACUGCUGGCCAAGAAACCUUGGAAACGCAACUAGAGAAAUUCUUUAGCAUGUGGGUGUGGAGCUGGGACAUCAGCAAAAAGUCCGGAGCCUUACAUAUCUGGUACGAACUACCUCCAACCUGCAUGAUCUAUGAUUAA